AUGUCCUCACACUACAAUACGGAACCGCCACCGACUGCAUCGGUUACGCUCAACACCACCAUCGGACCUCUACACAUCUCGCUUUUCGCAAAGCAGACACCACUCGCAUGCAAGAACUUUAUCCAACAUUGCCUCGAUGGAUACUACACAGACACAGUCUUUCAUCGCAUUGUCCCUGGCUUUGUAAUUCAAGGCGGCGAUCCUACCGGGACCGGGUCAGGUGGAUCGGCAAUAUACGAAGACCCAGAGUUCGAAUAUGACCCCGAGGGUCGUGACCCGAACGAGAAAGUUGUUUUCCAUGAUGAAAUCCAUAGUAGAUUACGGUUCAACCGGCGGGGUCUAGUAGGGAUGGCAAAAAGCGAAGAUGGGACGUACGGGAGCCAGUUCUUCAUUACCCUGGCCAAUACCGAGAGACAGAUGAAUGGACAGUGUACCAUGUUUGGCAGGAUUGAAGGCGAUAGCAUCUACAACGUAGUCAAAAUUGCCGAAGCAGAGUUGGUAGAGGGUACGGAGCGCCCGGUCUACGCGAUAAAAAUCACGGGAUGCGAGGUUGGAGAGAUGGGACCGUUUGAAGGAAAGUUGAAGAAGAGAGAGAAAGUGGCAGGGGCAAUCGAGCCAUCGAAACCCGAAGCAGUUACGGUAAAAAAGAAGAAAAAGGGGAAAGGCUCAAAGACAUUGCUUAGCUUUGGUGUGGAUGAAGCAGAGGAAGGGGAGGAGAACUUUGCUGCUGUCAAGUCAAAGAAGCCCAAGUUCAAUACCAAUCUCGUCUCAGCCGGAGAUUCAUUAGAAUUAGACCCCAAGGUAACUUCGGUAAGCCGCAGAGCUUCCACCACAGAAAAGAAACAACCCACAAAACGAUCGCUCUCACCGGCACCUCUACCAAGUGCAAAUAACAAAGUCCAGAAAACACGGCCGAAAAGUCCAGAUCCUUAUGCGCAAGUUCCCGUGAAGGAUCCCGAAGAGCCUGAAAGAUCACCAUCUGAGACACCACCUCCAGCAGCAAGACAAUCUAUUUUAGAGCGAACAAACGCACAAAUCGCAUCUCUCAAAGCGUCAAUGCGACGGGAUGUGACAAUCCUGACAGAGACAGGUAGGAAGAAGUCAGCUCUAGAAGCCAUGAUACCGGAAACUUCUAUAAGAGGACGCAAGCGACCGGCCCCAGGAAGCGUUGGAAUGAAUGGCGGAGGCAAGAAUGGUGGUCGGGGCGGUACAGCUGGUGAAGGCUACAGCUCAGCUGCUGACACUGAGGCCUUAAAACUAUUCAACGCCUUUAAAGCAAAGCUCGAAAACUCCGACGCAAAGAGCCAUCAAGAUACCAAGACGAAAGAACAUACACGCAACGACACAAAACUGCCGGAAGAAGUCGAAGAUGAGGAGGCACAACUUUGUGAUCUGCACUUUAUAGCAAAUUGCAAAUCCUGCCAAAACUGGGAUCAAACCGCCGAUGGGCUCAGUGCAGACCGGCACGAUCAGGACGACAACGCAAUGGAUUGGAUGUCUCACCGCCUGCAAUUCGGCAAAGACACCCUGGGCAAAGAUCUAAACUGGAAAAAGAAGCACCAGGAGGAUGUGGAUUCUCUGAUGGUCAUUGAUCCUAGAGAAAAGGAGAAAGAGCCUAGCGGAACCUGGGACAGAUUAGCAUCGAAAGUUACAGCAGCUACAGCACCAACUAUAGACUUUCCGUAUGCAGAGAUGGCCAGUGGGUUUUCUCGCCUUCCUCUGGAAGUAUUGCUCGUUAUUCUUCACAACGUAACAGACCUGCCGUCCCUUUACAAUCUCAUAUGUGCAUCCGCGCGAGCCAAUGCAGCGUUCAAUCUUGAUGCAGCUCCUAUUUUGGACAAAGCUAUUGAUCGCUCAAUACCACAGUUGAAGCAUUUAGCUCGCAUGGAUGGUCCCAACCCAGAUUACAAAGAGUUCCGGCCUGGUGUCUACUUUAACCCAGCCGCUUGGUGGUCUCCGUCAUGGGUCGAGAAGUUUCGGAUUGAGCGGGCGCUCUGGAUGCUUGUUAUCUACUGGAACAUUCGGGUAACAGAUGAAGAGCUUGAUACCGAUGAAGAUAUGUUCCGUCGAUACACUAAAAAAAAAAAGUAUUGGACCUGA